ACGGGUCUCCCUCUGUGGAUGCUUGGUUUGGGUGCGGACCUCUUGUGGGCCGACAUGAACCGCCUCCUCGCCUUCCUAUUCCACCAGGGAGUGUUGGAUGAACAAUUUUUACAGCUUCAACAGCUGCAAGAUGAAACCUCCCCCAACUUCGUUUCUGAGGUUGUCAACAUUUAUUUCCAUGAGUCCGAGAAGCUACUUAGGAAUCUCAGAGGAUUACUAAUGGAGAAGGAGUUAUCGGACUACAGGAAAAUGGGAAUUCAUUUGAAUCAGUUUAUGGGUAGCAGCUCAAGCAUUGGUGCCAAGAGAGUCACACACGUCUGCAUUGCCUUUCGUGCCGCUACUGAACAGAGCAACCGUGCUGGAUGCUUGCGAGCCUUGGAGAUGCUGGAGCAUGAAUAUUGCUAUCUAAAGAACAAAUUUCACGAACUAUUCCAGAUAGAGCAGCAACGUGCUUUGGCAACAGGAGUGAGAUAUCCCGUGCAGAAUCAAUAA